CAGCUGAUCACUAGUUUCUGCUUCUUUACUUCCAUAAAAUUAGGUAUCAGGAAGUCUUGAGUCUUUAACCGUCUGUCAUUAUUCGGUCAGUAUGGAGCUCAGUCAGCUUCAUCUUGUGCUCCUGCUGAUUUCAAGCAUCCACUCUGCACACACUGAAGAAAGACCAAAACCCACAGUAACCAUUAAACCUGCUCAACAUGUGUUCAGAGAAGAGACAGUCACUCUCAGAUGUGACAUAUAUAGUGAAGGAGUCACUAGCGGGCGCUACAGGUGGUAUAAAGAAGGUUCAACCAGUGUUUUCAGUGAUCAACAGGAACACACACUCAGGUCUGUUACUGAGUCUGACGCAGGUAAAUACACCUGUAGAGGAUCAGAGACAGAAGGAUCACGCUGGUCACAAAUGAGUGAUGCAGUUACACUGAGAGUAUCAGCUCCCAGAGCAGUUUUAAGUGUUUCUCCACAGAACUGGUUGACUGAAGGAGAUCCAGUGACUCUGAUCUGUGAGGUUCACAGCUUCUCUACAGGCUGGACAUUCAGCUGGUUUACUUUAACUGUCUCACCAGAUCAUUAUGAUCUGCUGUCAGACAGCAGCAGAGGAGCAGGAGGAAACUACACUGUCAGUUCUGCUGCUCUGAAGCACACAGGAGUUUAUGCGUGCAGAGCAGAGAGAGAGAAACCAGUCUAUAAAACACAGCACAGCAACACACAGCUGCUAUGGGUCUCUGGUGUUUGUCCUCCAGUCUCUCUGAUCGUCAGUCCCAGCAGAACUCAACACUUCACAUCUGCCUCUCUCUCUCUGAGCUGUGAGGACCAGAGUAACUCUACUGGAUGGAGAGUGAGAAGAUACACAGACGGUGGACGGCUGGAAGAUUGUUCAUCAUUACGUCGAGGAUCACAAACAGGAUCUACAUGUACAUUCAGCUCCACCAUCACAUCAGACACUGGAGUGUACUGGUGUGAGUCUGAAUCUGGAGAGAAACAUCAUCCUGUUAAUAUCACUGUACACUCUGGUGUGAUUCUGGAGAGUCCUGUUCAUCCUGUGACUGAAGGAGAUCAUCUGAUUCUGCGCUGUUUAUAUCAACAUACAACCCCAGCAAACCUCAGAGCUGAUUUCUAUAAAGAUGGAUCACUCAUCCAGAAUCAAACUACAGAGACGACCAUCACCACUGUCUCAAAGUCACACGAGGGUUUCUACUACUGCAAACACCCAACGAGAGGAGAGUCACCCAAGAGCUGGAUCUCAGUCAGAGGAGUCUCAGAUGAACACUGCUUGUUUCAUUCAGAAUCUCAGAUCUCUGUCCUCAGCAUACUCAGUUCUGUGCUGGCAGCUUGUCCAUAUCUGUUAGUGACAGUCAUGCUGAUCUUCAGAUGCUGCAGAAUGAGAGGAAAAACAGCUGAAUGAUUUAUUAUAAGUAAUGUAUUUGCUCACUGGGCUAAUUGUAAAAAAAAAUUGCAAUAAAACUCAUGUAUUGAAUUGAA